AUGACUGACAUUUUCAAUAUCCCAAACUCCGCCAAUAGCGUUUCGGUAUCCAUCAUCGACAGCACAACGAUGAUCAAAGGAGUUCCGCCACAAGCAUUCAUGAAACCUCAGUAUCCUGGCCACGAUUCCCUCAUACUACCUUCAUACUCAUUCCUCAUCCACAAUAAACGGCUGGAUCGCACGAUAAUCUAUGAUCUCGCCGUGAGAAAGGAUUGGGAAACCUCGUCACCACCAGCUCUCCAGCAACAGCUAAAGCUCGCCAACAUUUCUGUCCAAAAGGACAUUCGAGAUAUACUCGAAGAAGGAGUCAUUAGCAGUUUUGACCACAUUAGAAAUCCUAGCCGGUUUGAGAAAAACACCAAGCUCAUCGUCGGUCCUGGCUUCAAGCAAAAUCUCCUCCCAUGCUACCCUACCAUCAGGAACUCUACGAUCAACGAAAAGGACCUCAUGGGACGCGAUUUGUACGAACUUGAAUUCUCUGAUACUGGACCUAAAGUCGGCCGCUUCCCUGCAUUUGACUAUUUCGGCGACGGGUGCUUCUACUCUCUUGAUACUCCGGGGCAUGCCGUUGGGCACAUCUCUGGCUUCGCCAGGCUUCGCCCCAGCCCCCAGCUGCCACUGCCCGAUUGUAUCGUGCCCAACCCUUUAUUGCUGGGCCGCACACCUGCGCCGCCCUGCCCAGGAGCGAUAUUCGAGGCGCUCCUCGCUGAUAAAGGCAGAGACAAGCCUUUCUACUGCCCUGCGGGUCCUAUUCACCAUGACCAGGAGGAGACUAGACGAACGAUUGUGAAGUUUCAGGAAGCGGGUGGGAGGGAUGAUAUCUUUGUGGUGCUUGCUCAUGAUGAAGUACUCUUGGAUGUCGUCGAUUUCUUCCCAAACACCGCUAAUGACUUUUUGAACAAAGGAUGGGUACAGAAGAGCCGCUGGUUAUUCCUUCGAGACUUGGCACGUCCAGCUGGUUACGCAGGGGGAUCAUCAUUCCGCAGAGGUAAAGGUCGUGCUGAUGAGAUGGGUUGUGUAUUAUGUAGGCAGUUGAUUUAG